AUGAAAAAAGCUAAGGAAAAGGAAAAAGAAUUGGAAGAGAUGGAUGAGUCUUUUGGAAUUGGGGCUUUGCUUAGAGAGGAACAAUUGAAAAAACAGAAGAAGAAAAGAGGGGGAAAUGUUGAGACGGAAACCUCUUCUGGCGGAUUAAUUGUUGGCCAUUCUGUUCAAGACUUUCAAGAAGGAAGAGAAACAAUUUUAGUUUUGCAGGACAAAAGUUUACUUCUCGACGGGGAAGACGCCGACGAAGAAAUUUUAAUAAAUCCAAAUAUGGUAGAAAAUGAAAGGACAAAAUUAAAUGUUGAGAGAAGAAAGAAAAAAGCAACACAUUACCAAGCUUAUGAAGAAGAAGAAAUUGAUGAAUUUGGACAAAUUAAAAGGAAAGAAAUUUUGGAUAAAUAUAAUGAGGGAAUGGAUGGGGAAAAUAAAAAGAAGGAAACUUUUCGAUUAGGUUUUUUAAAUAAUUUUUGGGUUAAGGGACUGGGAGAGAGGAGGGAUUUCUACGCCAUAAAAGCUGCUUGACUGAAGCCCAAAACCCCGAAAAACCACGAUUUAUUUUUAGAAUCUUCACAAACAGGAUUGUUGAAUCUUUUUAAGGUUAUCAGGGUCGGGGCGGCUCCGCGUGGUUUUUCUUUAAAAAGUUUUUUGGGUUAAGGACUAGAAGGGUUAGGGGGGUUCUACGCCAUACUUUCUUGGUUUCAAAACUGCUUGAUUUAACCCGGGAACCCCAAUUUAUUUUUGGAACCAUCAGAAAUAGGAUUGUUGAACCUUUUUAGGUUUUUCGGGGACGGGGCGGCUUCGCGUAGUUUUUCUUUUGCUUUUUGGGUUAGUGGACUAGAAGGGUGAGGGGAUUCUACGCCAUACUUUCUUCCUUUCAA